AAAAAAUCUCUGUAGUAUAGUAGAAGCCCCUAUUCCUGUCCAAAAAUUAACUGAAGAACAUCCUAGAUUAGCCUCGAAUUGGAUAAGUUUCUCGGUUCAUCGUCUGCUUUUUUUAUACUCUCCAAUUCUCCAUUAUAAAUAUCACCGCACCUCGUUUCAGUCAUCAUCAGCAAAUCAUCAAAGCAAGUCAAAUUAAACACUACAUACAAUCAAAACCAAAAAAUCAAUCAAGCUUUAUACAUCUUCUGUUUCUGUUUUCUUCAACCAAAGUUCUCAAAAAUGUUACAUCCGACAUUUUUGCGUAUUCGAAAAUUUUGAGAUAAAUUGACUUGUAAUAAUUAAGGCCAUAUUUGGACCUUACUUGGUAUGAAUGUGUAGACUAUGAAUACGAUGGUGUGGAAUUACGAAAGGUGGCCAAGUGCAAAAAUUGGAAUUUUGGAAACUUGUUCCAUAAAUUACAAGUCUAGCCUACUGGACUCAAAAAAAAAAAUAAGAGAAGUGAGGCCCAAAUUGGGAAGGCCCAACCGGCCACAAGACUUGAUCCAAGCCCAUGGAUUAAAUAAUUUCCAUGUGAAUUAUAUAGUCAUAAUUAUCCUUAGAAACUUCAAGACAAAGCAAGAGAAACCAAGAAAAAGAAGAGGAGAGAGUUCGGGUGGAAAGAGAGAAAAGAAAGAAAAGAAAGAAAAAAAAUUUGGGGCCUAAUCUUGGAUUCAAAAAUUCAUUCCUUGUGAAAUAACUACUAAGUGCAAAGUCCUCUACAACUUGGUACAAUUAGUUUGGCAAGAGGACAACUUUUGUAACAAGUGAAGAACUUGGAGGAAAGAUUUUGGACGAAAUUGGAAUCGACGCCAAGCGAGCGUAAGGCGCUAUCGAGGUACAGACGCACUAGGUGACACGCCGCCAAUGUAGGGUUCUGAUUCUGCUGGGUUGAAGAGCUCCCUUGAUCCGGAGCGUAUACUUUUGGUAUAUAUAUCUUCUGUCUUUUGUAUAUUUUGUAUGUAUGAUAAUUCUGGGUACGGCGGGGCCCUGUCCCGUCAUCUGAUUCUGUAUGUCUGUUAGAGGCCUGUAGAUAUGUAUGUGGGUUACGGGUUUCAUCUGUUUAGGUAAGUACGAACGAUUUUGUGACUCCGUCUGUAUGUUAGCCUCAUCGGCUUGUCUGUAAAUUUCUGUAUGUUCAGGUAUGUAUAUGUUCGCGCGCGCCGCAUCUGUAUCGGCCUGAUUCUGUACACAUCUGUUUGAAAAAAAAAUCUGUAUGGUACGAAAUUCUGUUAAGUAGGUACGUAUGGGUAUCCAGUUAGGAUACCAGUCGCGGCCCACGGGGUUGGGUCGUGACAAAAAAUGUCUCUGAUUCCAAGCUUUUUCGGUGGUCGCAAGAGCAACAUUUUCGAACCAUUUUCCCUCUAUGUAUGGGACCCAUUUGAGGGCUUCCCAAUUGCCAAUGUCCCAUCAUCUGCUCGUGCUUGUGAAACCUCUACUUUUACAAAUGCAAGAAUCGAUUGGAAAGAAACCCCACAAGCCCACGUCUUCAAAGUGGAUGUUCCGGGGAUUAAGAAAGAAGAAGUAAAAGUUGAAGUUGAAGAAGGACGAAUUUUGCAGAUUAGCGAUGAGAGAAACAAAGAGCAAGAGGAGAAGAACGAUCAAUGGCACUGUAUGGAAAGGAGUAGUGGUAAGUUUUUAAGGAGGUUUAGGUUGCCUGAGAAUGUUAAAAUGGGGGAAAUUAAGGCUGCGAUGGAGAAUGGAGUGCUCACUAUGGCUCUUCCAAAAGAAGAAGAGAAGAAACCUGAGAUGAAGGCUAUUGAUAUCUCUGGUUAA